GACUUUGUAGUAAUGGACAUGGAAGAGGAUAGGGAAACACCUCUUAUUCUGGGAAGGCCCUUUCUGGCUACCGCCAGGGCCUUGAUUGAUGUCACUGAUGGCUCAUUAACUCUAAGAGUCGGAGAUGAUCUUUGCACCUUCCGACUCUCAGAUGUUAUGAAACACCCCACAGAUUCUUUUCAAGGAUGUCAUUUUCUUGAUACCUUUGAGUCUAUUGAAGGGUAUCUGUUUGGGGAAGAAAAUGGACAUGUAACUGAUGAAGCAUGUCUGUUAAAAGAAGCCAACAGUGAUGUGAGUGAUGCAUGUGAGAGUUGUGAGGAUGCGCUGAUUGAUCAAACUUCUAACGAAGUAUUGACUGAGUUUGAGGGGGAGAAAAAUGAACAAAACUUGAAAAACGACCACCCCCUCGAACUAAAGAAACUGCCCGACCACUUAGAAUAUGCAUUCUUGGAUGACGAAGGCAAAUGCCCUGUCGUCAUCGCCGCACACUUAAGUGAGGAACAAAGGGAGAAAUUACUUGGAGUCCUUAAGACACACAAGCAAGCAAUUGCUUGGAAACUUGAGGACAUCAAUGGAAUUAGCCCCACCUUUUGUACCCACACCAUCAAAAUUGAGGAAGGGUUUAAACCAGUUGUCCAACCACAACGACGUUUAAACCCAAACAUGAUGGAAGUAGUGCGUGCUGAGAUUGUCAAACUGCUGGAUGCGGGUAUCAUUUACCCCAUCUCUGAUAGCCAGUGGGUAAGCCCUAUUCAUGUUGUCCCCAAAAAGGGGGGAAUGACCGUCAUGAAAAAUGAAAAGGGCGAACUUCUACCCAGUCGAACUGUUACCGGGUGGCGAAUGGUAAUCGAUUACCGUAAACUGAACGAAGCCACCCGGAAAGACCAUUUUCCCCUUCCCUUCAUCGAUCAAUUAAUAGAGAGGUUGGCAGGCCAUAGUCACUACUGUUUCCUGGAUGGCAUGAGUGGAUACUUCCAAAUCCAUGUCAACCCGGAAGACCAAGACAAAACUACGUUUACAUGCCCUUUUGGGACCUUUGCUUUUCGUAGGAUGUCCUUCGGUCUCUGUAAUGCCCCUGCCACCUUCAUGAGGUGCAUGAUUGCCAUUUUUGAAAAAUACAUUGGCCACUUCAUGGAGGUAUUCAUGGAUGACUUCUCUAUUUUUGGGGAAACAUUUGAAAAAUGCCUUGAAAACCUGGAAAAAGUACUUAUCCGCUGCAAGGAAACCCAUUUAGCCCUAAGUUGGGAGAAAUGUCACUUCCUUGUGAAAGAGGGUAUAGUACUUGGACAUAAAGUGUCAAGUAACGGGGUAGAGGUGGACCGUGCAAAAAUAGAGACGAUAGAGAAACUUCCUCCACCAACCACGGUAAAAGCCAUCCGCAGCUUCUUAGGACACGCGGGCUUUUAUCGUCGUUUCAUAAAGGAUUUCUCUAAAAUCGCAAAACCUCUCACCCGGUUACUUGAAAAAGAUGCGGUUUUUAUAUUCUCUGAUGAAUGUCACCAUGCUUUCCAAGCACUUAAAACACAACUGAUCAAUGCUCCUGUGCUUGUGACCCCGGAUUGGAGUUUACCCUUUGAACUCAUGUGUGACGCUAGUGACUUAGUAGUGGGGGCCAUCCUUGGUCAAAGGAAGGACAAGAACUUCCACCCAAUCUACUACGCUAGCAAAACUCUAUCAGGGCCACAACUCAACUACACUACCACUGAAAAAGAAUUCCUUGCUAUUGUUUGUGCUUUAGAGAAGUUUAGGACUUACAUCAUUCUUUCGAAGGUUAUUAUCUAUACCGACCAUUCGGCCAUUAGAUAUCUCCUCCAAAAGCAUGAUGCUAAGCCUAGACUGUUACGCUGGGUUCUUUUGUUGCAGGAAUUUGAUAUUGAAAUCAGGGACCGAAAAGGAUCUGCUAAUCAGGCAGCUGAUCACCUCUCGAGGCUAGAUGCCGAGUUAGCAGAAACUUUCGGAAAAUGCGAAAUUGAGGAGCUUUUUCCUGCUGAGAGAUUGAUGGCGAUUUCCGCCAAGGAGCAAACACCGUGGUAUGCCGACAUUGCCAACUACCUUGUUGGUAAAGUCAAGCCUACCGAACUGACAAGGCACAUGAAAAGGCGGUUCCUAUCAGAAGCAAAGCACUAUUUUUGGGAUGAUCCAUAUCUAUUCCGAAUUUGUGCUGACCAGGUGGUGAGAAGAUGUGUUACUGAAGCUGAGGCAAGGGACAUUCUGGAGCAUUGUCACAGCGGCCCUACUGGGGGCCAUUUCUCAGGGAAUAGAACCGCAAGGCGGGUCUUGGACUGUGGGUACUUCUGGCCCACGAUUUUUAAGGAUGCUAAUGUAUUUGUUUCUUCUUGUGAUAACUGUCAACGAAUCGGGAACAUUUCUGGGCGCAAUGAGAUGCCCCAACACUUUAUCUUACCUUGUGAGGUAUUUGAUGUUUGGGGCAUCGACUUUGUUGGACCUUUCCCAAGCUCAAGAGGAAACAAAUACAUUCUUGUGGCCAUUGAUUAUGUUUCUAAAUGGGUUGAAGCCCAGGCCUGUGUCACCAACGACUCUCGAGUAGUCGUGAAUUUUCUGAAAAAGCUCUUUACCAGAUUUGGUGUGCCUAGGGUUUUGAUCAGCGAUAGAGGGACUCAUUUCCACAAUGAUCCAAUGGCCAGAAUUUUGGCCAAAUAUGGAGUCCAACAUCGAAGCGGAGUAGCGUACCACCCCCAAACUCAGGGACAAGUGGAAAACGCUAACAGGGAUUUGAAGUCCAUUCUGGAGAAAACUGUUGCCCAGACCAGGAAAGACUGGUCAACUAAACUUGACGACGCUCUUUGGGCAUUUCGGACUGCUUACAAAACCCCGAUCGGAACCACACCUUUUCGCCUUGUAUACGGGAAGUCUUGCCACUUACCCGUCGAACUCGAGCAUAAAGCACUUUGGGCGAUGAAAAAUGUCUGUUUUAAACUGGAUACUGCAGGGAAGGAACGAUUUUACCAGCUGAAUGAAUUGGAAGAAUGGAGAGCGCAAGCUUUUCAUAAUUCCAAACUUUACAAGGAACGAGCCAAACUCUACCAUGAUCAACACAUCAAAGCUCGUGAUUUCAAUGCUGGAGAUAAAGUGCUGUUGUUCAACUCCCGGUUGAAGCUUUUUCCAGGAAAGCUUAAAUCAAGAUGGUCCGGACCAUUCAAGGUCAUAAAAGCUUACCCCUACGGAACUGUUGAGAUUGAAGAUGCUAAUGGGGCUCCCUUUAAAGUCAACGGCCACCAACUUAAACUUUACCAUGGCGGCCCGAUUGAAAAAAGCAAGGAGAUUCUCUAUCUCCAAAAAUUUUGAACCAAGGGAGGACAUUCGUCAAGCUAGUGACGUUAAAGAAGCGCUCAUUGGGAGGCAACCCAACCAAAAAAAAAAAAAAAAAAAAAACUAACCCAAAACUAUUUUACUUUGUUUAUUUCUUGCAGAUGUCUGGAGGAAGACGUGACGAUCCCAUUUUCGAGGAGCCACCACUAGGACGGGAAGACCCGCCACCUCAGCCUGAUAUCCCAUUUGCUACUAUUGCUGAUCGCAGACGCUUCCAGGCAUGGGGGCAAUACCGCACACUCCUUCCUCCCAUGAUCCUGGACCCGACGAUGCUAGAGGAAUGGGGGUACUGGGAUGACAUUGAUGCCCUGCUAGGAGACUCUUUAUGGCGGAGGAUUCUAUUCGUUCAGGAGAGGGCCAGCCUUCCAUUGACGAUGGAGUUUCUGUGCUCCGUUCAGUUCACUCAUUACGGACAGGCUGUGCAGGAGGGUGCUGUUAUUGGGUCAGAGUCUCGGAUGAGGUUUACUAUUCUAGGCAUGGAGCACUCCAUCACUGUGACUGAGCUCGGAUGGAGGAUGGGGCUCUAUACCCCAGCAUACACACAGACUGAGGAGUUCCGUGCUCUUCCGACCCGCUUACCCGAGGCAUUUCACAUUGAUGAGUUCUGGCACAGACACUCCACAGACACCAGAUCAUUUCUCCGGAUGCACCCCCAUUCGAACAAAUGGAGGGAGACUCACUGGUACAUACUCUCGUUCGUACUUUCUUGUGGUUUUUUUGGACGACCUAACAACACAAACAGGUUGUCCAAAAAGGACAUACUAUUCUUUUGGAGUUUGAUUCACCGCAUCCCGGUGAAUAUGGCUGUCCUUAUGGCUCGUUUCUUCCGGAGCCAGGGGAAGACUGUGCGGCGCACUAUCCAGGCAGGGCCUUUCAUCACUACCCUCGUUAGAUCAUUCUACCCAGAUCUAGACAUUCCAGGGCUAUCACAUUUACAGGAGAGCAUCCGCGUUCUUCGAUCCUCAUCCUUUACCAACAUGAGGAUCAAGAAGAAGCGGAAUACUCAGGAGCUCCCAGGUAUUGAGCAGCCGACCCAGCAGAGUAGUUCUUCUCGACCCUCAGGACAUGAGGGAUCUAGCGAGCCCUUUUCAUACAUGCCUAGCGCCGCAGAUUGGAGAGCGAUGAUGGAUGGGAUGAGGAGUCUACAGACCUCAGUCUCAGAGAUGCGGGUUGCACAGGACAGAGGAUUCCAGGAGAUGCGAGGUGCGCAUGAGACGGCCCUGGGAGAGUUCAGAGACUUUCGAUUAGCUCAGGAGAGAGCCACCCGGGAUAUGCAGGCGGAGCUAGAGACCCAGAGGCUAGAUAUUGAUGAGAUGAGAGAUUGGCUUAGGCCACACUAUGGCCCUCGGGAUUACGCAGACGAUGCUUAGUUUUGCUUCUUCCUUGACAUUUGUUUAUUGUGUUUGUUUGUUUCUUCAGGUUGGACAUUGCGCUGCUCUUUUGACUUGAAUGCUCUUACAAACUGACUACGGAUGAUGUAAGGAUUUUAAAAAACCAUUUUACUCCUGUUUCAUUAUUCCUCUUCACAAAAUCUUUUCAAAACUCAAGUGUGAGGAAAGAACCAAAAAUAAAAAAAAAAAAAAAUAAUAAUAAUAAAAAAAAAAAAGGGAAAAAUGUGCCUUUAUUUCCCAAUUUUGUGCCUCAAAAGAAGACCUCGAGGGCGAGGUCCAGCUCAAGUGUGAGGAGGUUGCGUUUUACACUCGAAAGUUAAAACCUUAUUUUAGAACAAUCUUUUUACUAUUUUUGACAUGAAACAUUAAUUUCUCAAUUUGUUAUCAAUCACAAAAUAGUUUAGAUAAUCACCCUUAUUAUAAGAAUUCACUUUUAUUAUUAUUUUUAGAAAACUUAAAUUUGUUAUGGGUUUUUGGUUGCGAAUGUAAAGGGCCGAAUUUGUUUUAAUUGGACAUUCAUUUUUUUCAUAAAAAAAAAAAAAAAAAUGUUACUAUUAAUAAACCUCUUCAAAACUCAUUGUUAUAGGACAAUUCCAUCUCCGAAAAGGGGCUCUGUUUCAUUCGUUAAUCACAGUCUGUGAGAAUGAAAUAUGCAUUUACCAUGGGAUAACACCGCCAACAAAGAGUGAAAAAGAGCAAAAAAAAAAAAAAAAAAAAAAAAAUAAAAAAAUAAAAAUAAAAUGGUGAACAAGAUGAAUGUCCAAAUUAGAAUAAUGAAAACUUUGGGAUAAGGAAUUGAUCGGUGGUUUAACAUAAUCAAUAGUUUUCUUUAGUAAUAAUAAUAGUAAAUUCAUAUAUCUUGGGUGAUUUUUCUAAAAAAAAAAAAAUUGAGAAUAAAAGAGAGGUUUUUGUUUCUACUUCUUUAAUAGCAAUUCGAUUGUGAUAUAGUCAGGUUUUCCCUUUUUGAGUGUGUUUCCAACUAAUUCGUCGCUUGAGGACAAGCAACGCUUAAGUGUGAGGAGAUUGAUAAGUCCAUUUUUGUACUUAUUUUUCUUAUCAAAUUUAAGCGAUUUUUGAUUGAAAAUAGAAAGAAAAGGCAUGUUUUAGAUAUCUUGGUUCAAGUUUCAUGAAAUCAGGUGAAAACCACAUUCAUCGUAUGUUUGUCGGAAUUUUGGGUCAAUUGAGCACAAAAUGAGCCAAUUUGAGCAACAAAUGAUAUCAUACCGAAAGAAGGAGACAUUAUUUCAAGGUGGUCCAGAAGACAAUAUUGAAGAGCACAAAAUAAGGAACAAGCCGGACAAAUAAUCUCAAAGGCGGCCGUGCAGGCGGCCACAAUGAAGGCCUUCGCGGCCGCCUACGGUAUUUUUGGAAAGUCAAACCUUGACUUUGACCGGAUUCGGAAAAGACCGUAGGCCGCCGACACUGGACGGAAGGCGGCCGCCUACGGUGACCGCCUGCGGCAGAAGACGACGAAGCAACCACCGGCCGGUGGGAUUUGACGGCAGGCGGCCAGACAGGAACGGCAGGCGGCCGCCUGCUGGACCGCCUGCGGCGGCCGGGAUCCGCCGGGAUCCGCCGCGAUCCGAUUUGACCGUGAAACGACGGCAGGCGGCCAAUUUUGGUGGAAGGCGGCCGCCCUCUGUGGCCGCCUACGGCUGACGGAGACCAGCCCACGCGAAGUUGCCGGCGAUUCGACGGCAGGCGGCCAGUUGCUGCCGGAAGGCGGCCGCCUGCCCGGGCGCCUUCGGUGAAAUUUCUCCUAUAAAUAGCCCGAUUUUUCCUCAACUCAAACACACCACUUCCAACCCUAAAUCAGUUCAAAACACCCUCUUUCUUCCUCCAUUUUCGAGCUCCAAAGGUUUUAGAGAGAGAGAAACUUCAAAUCUUCAUAUCUUCUUCAUUUUAGCUCCAAAUUGACUGGGAGUUAGUUGAAGCUAAAGAUAAAUUAAUGGAUAAGGAAUGGAUGAAAUUAAAAGAUCGAGGUGCUCCAGAAUAUUUGCGUGGGAUAAAAAAAUUUGUGCUCAAAAACCUUAUCCAUGAAGGAUCUUGAUGCUCUUGAAAGUCAGAUUCCUCACACAUUAUGUAAGCUGAAAAUGAUCUUCCCGCCAUCUUUUUUCUCUGUCAUGUUGCAUCUUGUUAUUCAUCUUGUGGCAGAAGCAAAGAUUGGUGGUCCAGUAAGGUACCGUUGGAUGUAUUCAAUUGAGAGGUACUUACGUACUUUGAAGUCCUAUGUUCGCAACAAAGCAUUACCAGAAGGUUCAAUUUCAAGGGGUUACUUGGCAGAUGAAUGUUUGACAUUUUGUUCUAGGUAUAUGGAUAAUAUGACGACUAAGUUUAAUCGUCCAUCUCGAAAUGAUGAUGAUGAUGAGGUUUCCAGCACUAGCAAGUUGGAGAUCUUUAGAUCUACUGGUCGUUCCCUAGGAAAACCCACUCCUCGCCAUCUCAAUGUAGAGGAGUUUGAACAAGUUCACUUAUAUGCCCUCCAUAACUCUGAUGAGCUCUUAGAAUUUGUAAAGUAAGAUCACUUGAUUCUACACUAUGUGUAAUUUUAUGUUCACUUAUGUGACAAUUUGAUGGUUUUGAAUUUCUUGAAAUAUUAGGGAGCAUAAAGAGAUGCUUUCCAUUGUAAACUCAACCCCUAAAAGCGUAGAGAUUAGACAUAAAGCUCAAUUUGCAGAUUGGGUCUGCAGUCGUGUGUCACAUAUGUAUGAAGAGGGAUCUGUUCAUGAGGAUUUAUACUACUUGAUUUGCGGUCCUUUGCGUACAGUAAGGUGUUAUAGUGGCUACAUCGUGAAUGGGUUUAGAUUUCACACUCUUGAUCGACAAGAAAACAGAAAAACCCAAAAUAGUGGUGUAAUGGUCCGAGGAGAUGACCACUCAGAUAAAGAGUAUUAUGGUGUCCUUAGAGAUAUUUAUGAGUUGCAAUAUCCUGAUGUGAAUCAUUUAUUUGCCUUCAAAUGUGAUUGGUAUGAUGUGCAACAUCAAGGGAAAGGGUACAAAGUUGAUGAAUAUGGACUCAUUAGUGUGUGCAGUGAUCUUGCUUUAGCAACACACGAGCCUUUUGUAUUAGAGUCACAAGUGGAGAAAGUUUUUUAUGUGCCAGAUCCAAGAAACAAAAGGUGGCUUUAUGUUAUAAAGAGAGCCUCGAGACUUGUAUAAUAUGCCUAAGACUCUCAUCGAUGAGAACACACUUGAUCAAGUUAAUGAUGAACCAAUGCAACAAGAAGAGAUUCAGACAUCUAUUGUAUACCCAACGUCUUCCAAAUAUCCGGAGAACAUGAAUUUGGCUACACAACAUUUUUGAGUGGAAAGAAGAGCUGAUGUUGUGAAAUGGAUUAACAAAGAAACGAAGAAAAUAAACCG